UGUCGAGCAAUCUCGAGGUGGUAUGAUCGUCAUUCGGGAAAUCCCUCGUCGCUCGUUUGGCCGAACCUCUGAUUCACGAAGCGACCAGCGUCGUAAUUACCAGGGUAAACACCGAUCCUCCAACCGCGUGACCGCUCACGAUUGCUCGGGAACGACCGCUCGUCGUCCUGCCUUAUCGCGUGUCAUCGAUUACGGCACGCCGAUAUGCGCGUGUAUGUUACGCGAGUGGCGUAAGCGGCUCCGGACGAGCGGCAACGAGCGAUGAACGGAGCACGAAGACGCAACGGGCGAGCGAGAAAAAUUAGGAAUUCACCGGCGACUAUCACUGGGCCUUAUCUAGGAGGAGCGAUAGGCGUUUCCCGGCGACUCCCGGCCGUGUUCAAUCGAUCCUCGUGUUUCAGUCGACUCUGCCGCAAUUAGACGCCGCGCCGAUGCACCGACGACCGCAGUAGCCGACGUAUCCUCGGGGAGGUAAACAAAGAGGGGAAAAACCGCGGUGGUGUCGCAUUUACGUUCACGUGUAAGAUCUCGGGAAGAUCUCUUCGCUGAUUGCUCGUCAGGAUGUCGGAGAACACGCGCAAUAAGGAGAAGUGGCAGCUACUGCAGAGCCUACGAUCCACCGUGGAAGGCCUGAUGAUAGACGGGGUGUCCAACGUCUGGAAUGUUUACGGCGGUCUGAACCGGCUGCACAAUGUGAUAGAGCAGAUAUUCAAGCACGGCUGUCGGAUUUACGAUCCCAAUGGCGAACCGGACUGUUGGAUAUUUAUUCAAGGGCUGAACUGGCUCCAACCUUCCUUAGCGACAUCACCGGUGCUGUCGGAGAACGAGGAUUAUUUGUGCAAUCUGCCAGCUAGGAUAACAUCCAAGAAGGACAUGUUGUGGCUGUAUAAAAGUUUAGAAGGCCAUUCCCUAUCGCACAAAUUAUCGUGGCUGUUAUCUGAUAAAGAACAUCUACUCUCCUGCCUCGAGCCAUGGGCGUUCCUUUGUCAGGAAAAUCUAGCGGAGGCGACGCUCUUGUGCCUAAGGGCAGUCGAGAGGAAUCAACCGGUGCUGCUCGCGGAAAUCGACCCCUGCUUGUUCGUGCCGACGUGGAUAUCCCCGAGAGCGAGUCCCAGGCGGCAUCGUCGCUCCUCCUCGUAUCCGGUGAAUUUCUCCAGCGUCAGUCACGGUGUCGCCCGAGAGAAGAGCGUGUACAGCAGGUGUCACUUGGAUCAGCUGAGCGUCUCUGCGCAGGCCGUGUCGCGCGACACGGUGAACACCGAGAGCGAGGAGACGUCGAAACCGGCGCAAGUCAUCGAGCCAAGCGACGUAUCCAACAACAGCGACGUAUCCCUGAAGACGUGGAACAGUCUGCCCGCUUUGGUCAAGAGCCACGGCAAGGUCGCCGCGGAGUGUUCGGUCGCGACCUCGCCGACCAUCCACGAAAACGUCAACAACAACAACAACAACAGUAACCAUCCGCGCGCCUUCGAAUUAGCGGAGAUCAUCGACAUCAUCUACUCGGAAUCGAAGCAGCCCGAUGAGCCGGAUGCGCUCGAGACGAAGCCGAAGACGGCCGUCAGACGCGAGCGGAAGACGAGGAAUCGAAGGACGAAGAGCCGGCCGGGCCAGAGCAAGCGAGCGUCUUACAGCGUGUGCCCCGAAGCCUCCUCGAGCGUGCACGAGGAAGCUGGGAACGUCGAGGAGACGCGGCCGGUCGCGACGACCGAGUCGGUGGAGAUGAGGUACCUGGAGCAGUGGACGGCGCGGAGGAAGACGUCGUUCCUGGUGGGCUCGGCGCCCGAGUUCACGGGCUCGUGGAGCUUGGAGGUGGAGGGUCAGAAGGACAUCCGUACGCCGCGGAAGAGCUUCAUGGAGGACGGUGGCAGUAGCGUGCAGCCGAUGGCGACCGGCUACUUCCCGCGGCCGGUCGAGGGUCAGAGUCUCACCAGCUUCCUGACCUCCGCCCAGUUCUCCCGAGCCCACGACGCCGAGCUCGACCGCGAGAACGCGCACUUCAGCAUCUGCGAGGCGAUGAUCGCCGCCAUCGAGCAGGUGAAGUGCAACCGUUGGCAGCGUCGGCUGCUGGACGACGCGGUGGACGACGAGAGCGACGAGGAGAUCAACCGGCUGAAGCAGCGGAUACGGUUAAGACGUUGGCAACGGCAGGAGGAGAAGUGCCGGGGCAGAGGGUGGAGCCGCGACCUGCUGAGCGACGGCAGGACGGACACGACCACGACCACCGAUCAAAGCGUCAGCCCGUUGUCCACGUCCCCGGGGAGCUCGUCGGACUGCGUGUCGACGGACUCCUCGGACGAGCGGGGCACGCCGAGGAACAGCGGCACGCCCGCCUCGAGCGUCGAUCUCUUCUCCGACGCGGAGUCGCGCGCGGCGAGGCACUCCGCGGACUCGACCUUGAACGAGAGCAGCGUGUCCGCCGAGGGAGUGGCGCUUUCUCUCAUAAGUCGUUUCAGCGAGAAACAGCUGCCCCGGGCCAGCGAGCUUCAGUGGCUGGUGUCGGAGAAGGACGCUCCUCAGCGCCUGCUGCCGAUGCCGAAGAGCUGGCCGGUCAGCCCCGACGAGACCGAGAUCGAAGAUGCGACGACGGUUUCGCUGAGGGGCACCGCCGAGUGGGCGCCGCCGCGACCGCAGAUUAUUUUCACACCUCACGCGCCACCGGUGAGACGAAUGCUGAUAGCGAAACAGAAUUACAGAUGCGCGGGUUGCGGUAUGAAGGUGGCGGUAAAAUAUGCCAAUCGCUUCCGGUAUUGCGAGUACCUGGGCCGGUACUUCUGUACGGGCUGCCACACGAAUCAGGUGGCGUUUGUACCGGGGAGAAUCCUGUCGAAAUGGGACUUCAAUAGGUACCCCGUGUCGAACUUCUCGUACAGAUUACUGGAUCAGAUGAUGUCGGAUCCGUUGUUCCACGUGAACGACCUGAACCCGCUGCUGUACAGACGCGUCAAACAGUUGGAGAAAACGAGGGUUGUGCGUACGCAGUUGUUCUUCCUGAAGGACUUCUUAUUCACCUGUCGAUUCUCGAUCAGCCUUCAGGACGUGCUGAAGAAGGAGCCGAAUUAUAUCAUCAACGAUCCUCACGUGUACUCGAUUCAAGAUCUGAUACACGUGAAAUUCGGAGUAUUGUUCGUCAGGUUGCAAGAACUCGUCGAAGUUUGCUGGGCGCACAUCGCGGGCUGCGAGUUGUGCCAAGCCAGAGGAUUCGUGUGCGAGCUGUGCUGCUCCAAGGAAGUCAUAUUCCCGUGGGACCUGUCGCGGGUGGUCCGAUGUGCAAAGUGCGGCGCCUGCUUCCACGUGGAUUGCAAACGCGGCGGCGGCAAGCCCGAGUGUCCACGGUGCGAGAGGCUGCGCGCCAGGCGAGUCGCCAGGGAGGAGAAGCCCUGACGAACGACGAAGGCGUUCCUCGUCACGCCGUACAGGGUAGAAUACGCGUACUGAUCAUCGUGGCCGAUGAUUUCGAAGGCCGGGAUUUACCUCACAAGACUGCAACUCGAAAUAACGCGAGUCCCACCGACGGUAAAGGCGCACGUAUACGCGCGUUGUGAGCAUUGUGAUACGCGUAUGUUGGAUUUUUUCCCGGCAAAUCUCAGACGUCACAUGCGACGAGGUUGCACGGAUUUUCCUGUCCUCGGGGAGAACCGGUCUGUGAAAACAUGCGUUUUAGGAGAUAAGCCGGAUAAUUUAUCGAGACGAAUGAAGCUCAUUUUACGCGAGCAAUAGAGAAAGGUACAAUAUAUUGCAUCUCACUGUAACACUGUUACAGAGAAAGUAAUUUAAUCACGUAAAGCGUAUGAUGUAAAAUAAACCCGUAAGAUGAAUUCACCAAGUAGCCUGUUAACCAAAUCCGCGUGUGCAUAGCAGUUACCCCUUUUUGAUAUAGACUAAAGAGAUAUUUAAAAAAUAUAUUUAUAUGAAGAUAUUUAUUUGAGCGUAACGAGAGUGUGUACAUACUGAGCGAAAAGUAUUAUUUCUCUGUAAUUUGCAAAUGGCAAUAAUAAGAUGGUCGCAUUAGUGGUAGAGUAAUUUUUCAACGUUCGAAUACCAUUGACGAGUACAAAUAGCGUAAAAGUCUCUCUCACCGUCGUUGUAUUAUAUAAAAAUUUAAUAUAACAAUUCUGUUAAUAUAUUGCAUGUACCUGGUUUUUAUCGGCACUUAGCGCGUGUCGAGUGACGCCAAUUAGUCAUCAAAGAUCGGCACUACGGCAUCGAUUUCAUUCAUUUAAUAGCUAGCUAUGUGUAAGAAGUCAAAUAUAUACGGCCAAUAUAGAGUCAAUUGAACAAACCGAAGAAA